CGCUUUUCAUCCAACGUGCGGCGGCAUGAAACAAAGCUCCACGGCUUUGAAACACGCACAAAGAGACCACGAAAGAAAAUGUACUUUAAAAAAAAAGAGGAAGCAUCGUGUGGACUCACAAGCAGAUGAAGAGCUCCGACUCCUGCGAGGGGGAAAAAAAAAAAUGUUUGAAGAGGAAGAGCUAAACGAAACAACGUGGACGUCUUCACGCAGGUUGCCACUGAAAGCUUUCUUGGAAUGCAAGCGAGGAAGCGCCGCAAACCCACGGCAUCAGCUCAAAGUUGGUAGCAAACAUGGCGCCCUGCAGUCACGCUGCGCAGUAGCAGGAGAGGCCCUGCAGCAGGUCAAGCAGCGCCCCCUACAGGAGGAUUUCCUCCACGCUCGUCUUCAUCCUCUGCUCCAGUGUCCCGACAUGAGUCCCUCUCCCAGCAUCCCAACCUCAGUCGAGCGUGUGAAAGCUGCAGACGUCAAAGUCAUCGCAGCGCUGGGAGACUCCUUGACGACAGCUAUUGGUGCCAACGGCUCCACCAUUCUCUCCAUCCCUUUUGAAUUUCGCCAAUUGUCUUGGAGCAUUGGGGGAUACGGAACCUACCAGAAUGUAAUUACAUUGGCAAAUAUUUUCAAACUCUUCAACCCCGGGCUGCUGGGUCCGUCCCCGGGUGCCACCUUUCACGGACGGCCCGUCACCGUCAACCAGACCGGCUUCAAUUUUGCCGUGACGGGACACAACACGCUGAACGUGUCAGAUCAGAUCCGUCACAUGAUAAAAACCUUCCAAUCAUACCCCGGUCUGAGCUUCCACCAAGACUGGAAGGUGGUGACCGUGCUGAUCGGCAUGAACGACGUCUGUGAUUACUGCAAGAACAAGACCCUGUUCUCUGCUGACAGUUUCAUCCACUACAUGACUGAAGCCCUCGACAUGAUGAUGGACAAGAUCCCGAGGACCAUCGUGAACGUGGUGCAGAUCCUCCCCAUGAAGCCUCUCAGAGACGUCCACAAGCCGACGCUGGGCUGCCAGCUUCAAAAGCGCUUCUGCUCGUGCCUCGUUCAGCCCGAGGAAGACUCGCCCGAGCUGGAGGAGCUGGUCCAGGUGAACGUGCAGUUCCAGAGAAAACUGCGACAACUUCUCGACGGCGACCGUUUCUUCAAAAAGGACUUCGCAGUCGUUCUGCAGCCUUUUUUGGCGAAGGCGGCACCGCCCAGACUUCCUGACGGUACUGUGGACUCCAGCUUCUUCACGGCCGACUGUUUCCACUUCACCGUCAAAGGACACGAGGAACUGGCCAAGGGACUGUGGAACAACAUGUUCCAGCCUGAAGGAGAAAAGGAGAUGAUCGACACCUUUUCUGAGCCAACAAAACUCAUUUGUCCACCAAAGGAGCAUCCUUACAUUUACACCAGACCAGAGAGCAAGUCGUCUUCUCCAACAAUCAAACUAUCUUCUCUGACGACACUCUUGUUUUCGAGGCUAAAGAGACUUCAGACGGCACAAAAUGCGGCUGCCAGACUUCAGACCGGUGCACCCAGACCAGCCCGUAUCACCCCCAUUUGAUCCAGUCUCCAUUGGCUUCCAGUCAAAUUCCGCAUAGAGUUUAGGAUUUUAGUCCUGACUUUCCGUGCGCCGCAUGGUGGGGCCCU